AUGCACCUAGACCUCUGCGAAGACAAGUGGUGCCUGCAUAACGCCUUCGAGACGCACGCAGCCGGUUCGGGCCAACGGAGCAUGUGCACAGGAUUUGUCAACGUACAUGUAAGAUUCCUCACAAUGCUCGUGUUCGGCGUCCACAGGCUGCCGUGUCUGUCUUACCCGGCCUCCAUACUCAUCCCGUACACCGCCCGCGCCAGCCGUAAUGUGCCUGAGACCUGGAUGGGCGGAUCCGGCGCGGCUCGCCGCUUCGCUUCGCUGGCCGGCUCCGAGUCUGCGAUACAUGAGGUGUGCGAAGCAAACAACAAAUGGGCUUGA